AAUAAUUUAUUUUUUGAGUAUAUAUAUUAUUUGUAGUAUUUUUUUAUUUAAUUAUUAAAAUAAAUGAAUUAUUUUGUUUAACUAUUAGAACGAAUAAUUUAUAUGAAUAUUAAAAAUAUUUGUAUAGUUACAUAAGUUAUUUUUUUAAAUAUAUAAGAUAAUAAAAUUUUUGAAAACUAUUAAGAAAAUAUUGUUAAAAAUGACCCAAUCUCAACAAGUGAUCGAAGAGUUAUAUGAUUCUUAUACAAAAACUGCUGCUAAUAUUAUUGCAUAUUAUGAUGAUAAUGAAAGAAAGAAUAAAUUAAAAGAAUUAAGAGAUAUAGUAGAAAAUAACUGUAUUCAAAAUAAAAAAUUAAAAUCAAUAGAAAUCAUAAAAAAAAGAUUAUUAAGUUUAUAUAAUGAUGAUGAUGAUGAUAGUCUUAAACAUAAUAUUGAAUCUACCAUGAAUGAAUAUAAACAAGCCAUAACUGAAAUUGAUAAAAACGUGGAAAAUGAUAAUAACCUAAAGGAAUUUGAUAAGCAAGUAGAAGCACUCUUAGAUAGAAUAGUACAGAAAGAAAAUAAUGCAGAUGAAGAACUACAACUUACAGGAGGCUAUAUAAAUAUAAUUGAUCCAAUUUCUAAAAAAAGAAUUGUAAAUCCUGUGAAGAAUACUAUAUGUGGUCAUACUUAUGACAAAGAAAGUAUUACGCAAUUAUUGAAACUUAAUAAAAAAACAAGAUGUCCUGUUAUAGGCUGCAAAAGUAUAGAAUUUGUAACACUUAAACAUCUUCGUAUAGACAUUUUAACAAAAACAUAUCUUGAAAAAAACCCAGAAUAAAUACUUGUGACAAAUUUUAAAUUAAACAUUCAAAUAAUAUAAUAUUUUAUAACAUAUAUAUCAUUUAUAUAAAAUAUAAAAUUUAAUAUCUACGCAUCAUCAAAAUAAAAAUAAAAAUUUUUUGUGAUGUUUCUUGUACCUGAAUACAACGCGUGAGUUAUCCUGAUACAUUACAAUUGUAAAUAUAUUUAUAUUUAGUUAAAAAUUGUAAAAUAUUAGCUCUGUUCCAAUUGCUUUUAAGGAUUUAUUUUAAGGAUUAAAAAGAAGUUUAAAAAUAUAUUUCUUAAAAUUAUAUAUAAAUAUAUAUAAUUAUAUGUAAUUAUAUACAAAAAUUAUUAUACUUAGACGUACUAUAUAAAACUAUAUUUCCUAUUAAAUAAAAUUAACAUAUAAUUUA